AUGGAUGAGAAGGAGAAUUGGAGAAUCCGCUUUCCACCUAGUGGGGAUGUUAGCGAAGACAGUGACUGCAGCAGUAGCGAAGAUGAAUAUGUACCACCGAAAAAGAUUAGAGACUAUGCCUUGUUGUCAGAAAGUUCAGAUGACGAAGCUGCUAGUCAGGAUAUAUCCAUUGACCAGGGAGGAGAAAGUGAUCAGGAAGCAAGAGGGUCAGGCGAGAUGUCAGUUUCUUCCGUGGUUGAAGUCGAGGUGUGUAUUGGAAUCAAUAUCCCACGUAGGAAGCCCGUAUGGAGGAUUGUACAGGAAAGUGACCCAGAAUCAGCACGAGAGCUGCCUGCAUGGAAAGGCCGUGAGUAUGAAUCGGAAACAGUGCGAGCACCAAUUGAAUAUUUCAAAUAUUUUUUUGACUCGGAUGUAAUGCACCAAAUAGUUGCGGAAACCAAUAUCUAUGCGAGCCAAAGCGAUCCCUCCAAACAACUAAACCUUACAAUUCCAGAAAUGGAGAAGUUUCUUGGUUGUGUCGUUUACAUGUCUAUUUUUCGUCUACCGAGAACACGUAUGUUUUGGGCUGUGGAAACAAAGGUUAACUGCGUUGCCGAUGUAAUGACCCGUGAUCGAUGGGAAAGAAUAAAAAAGAUGCUCCAUUUCAAUAACAACGAUUUACUUCAUGGCGAUUCUGAUGUUCAACAAGAUCGAUUGUUUAAAAUCAGACCCCCGUUAGAAAUGCUUAAAGCAAAAUUCAAACCACUGCAUCAAGAGCAAGUUUUAUGUAUCGACGAGCAGAUGGUUCCGUUUACUGGGAGGUCAGGGCUGAAACAAUAUCUUCCCAAAAAGCCCCACAAAUGGGGGUAUAAAAUCUUUAUGUUGUGUGGAACAGAUGGUUUGGUACACAACUUUGAAAUAUAUACAGGAAAGAUACAUCCUGUUUCUGGUUACCCUGAUCUCGGAGCUAGUGCUAACAUAGUCAUCAAACUGACCGAUAAUGUGGAGAAUGAUGUAAAUCACAUACUCUGUUUUGACAAUUGGUUUACGUCCAUACCUUUGAUGUCCGUUCUCGCCAAAAGGAAGAUCUAUUGUAUAGGGACGGCGAGACAAAAUCGGUUAUUGGGAUGCGAGCUGGAAUCUGACAAAGAUUUGAAAAAUAGAGGACGGGGAUGUUAUCAGGAAAAGACGUCAUGUGUUGAGGACACUGAAAUAAGAGUUGUGAAGUGGUAUGAUAAACGAAGUGUAACUAUUGCCAGUUCUUUUGCCAGCGCCAUGCCCACAUCAGAAGUCCGAAGAUGGGACAACGUCACGAAACAGCACAUAAUGGUGACUCGUCCUUUUAUGGUAGAUUUUUAUAACCGUAGCAUGGGAGGCGUAGACUUGUUAGAUGCGCUUAUAGCCUACUAUAGAAUACGCAUUCGGUCAAAAAAGUACUACCUGAGGAUCUUCUUCCACCUGGUUGAUUUGGCUAUUGUAAACAGCUGGAUCCUAUACAGAAGAGAUUGUGAGUCCCUGGGAGUUGCGAGUAACAAGCAGCGAGAUCUUUUAUCGUUCCGAAGUUCGGUGGCAGAAUCUCUUUGCAAGCUUGGGAAAAUAUCGACUCUGCUUAAGCGAGGCAGGCCAUUGUCUACUACCCCACCACGAAUCAGAAGAAUAGCUACUCCACAUCCCAACAAUGAGGUUAGAACCGACGCCACUGGCCAUUGGCCUGUGGUAGAAGCUAAGAGACAGCGAUGUCGUUUCCCUGGGUGUGAUAGCAAGCCGGUAAUCAGAUGUACCAAAUGUGGAGUAUAUUUAUGCUUAAACAAAGCCAAAAAUUGCUUUGCGUGGUACCAUGGCGAAUAUUAA